CUCCGGUAGGUUUGGCGUGCGCGGAUUUCUGAAGCUCUAGGACACGCUUGCACGUUAUUAUCACUGGUGCCUUUCUCCUUGCUUGCUUAAAUGGCCACCACUUAGGCCUCUACGGCAGAAAUCGCUAUAGACUCUUAAGGGCCGCGGAAUCGGGACGACCUUGGUGACUGCUUUGCACACUCCCGGCACAUCUGCGUGCACGAGUUGGAUGUAGACGUGGGUUGUAGAUUUAAUUUUCCCCAGCUUUGCAACUACUCUUUGGUCCCAUUAGUUUCACAGAACGGGCCUCUCCAGCCUCUACUGGAAGCCGAAGGGCGAAACCUCGGAAAGGCAGUUAUUCUACCCUGGUGAGACUUAAUAGGGUACAGAGAAGAGCGACACGAUUCCCCCUGCAUCUCUAUAGAGAUUGGUCCUUCUGUCUUCCCCUACAGUCGUAGCCUUCUAACGUUCCCUUCCUGUGUUGUUUAAGUGCCAAUAUGAGUGACCGCUAUCUAGAACAAAGGAUAAGUAUUAAAUUUUGCGUGAAGUUAACUACAAGUGAGACGCAUCAUCUUUUAAAAGAAGCUUAUGGGGAUGAAGUCAUGUCAAGGGCCAGAGUUUUUGACUGGCACAAAAGGUUUAAGGAAGGGGAAGAUUUUCGAGAUGAUGCCCGAACUGAUCGUCCAGUUACACAUCGGACUAAUGAAAAUAUCCAGAAGGUCAAGGACUUGGUUUGUUCAAACUGGCAGUUAACAGUGAGGAUGAUUGCUGAAGAGUUACAUUUAGAUAAAGAAACCGUUAGACUCAUUCUGAAAGAAAACUUGAAUAUGAGGAAAGUUUCUGCAAAAGUAGGUAUUUUGGAGAAUGAGCUGAAACCUCAAAAACUUCACUUUCAGUCUGAUUUUUCAAAGGAAACUAGGAAAAAUAGCUCGUGUGUGAGGAAAAAGGUAACAAGUACUGAAACAUGUAAUCAUCUCUCAUGUCGGACUGGUGGGGAAAUGCCUCUGCCUGUAUCCCAUCCCAAAUUCCACUACCCUGCCAGCCAGCUUCUGCAGCCUUCGUCUUCCGCAAGCCUCUCCAAGGCAGCUCAGGGUUGGUUCACACUGUGGUGAAAAGAAUAUGAGGUAGCCGAACAUGAACGAGAAAGCUGCCUCACAGUUAGGCACCUCAUUUGCUGCUCAUCUGUUUCAGCCUUCUCUACCAUUCCUCCCUACAUUAUCAUGGCCCUCCUAGUUACUCUUUGCUGGACCAUUGGGCCACCUUCCUGCUGUUCUCUGUAACUUUGACUGGUUCUCGGCUGUUAACUUCUGGCACUUGAUUUCUUUUGCUUAGCAAGUUUGGAUCGCAUCACUGCCCCGACCUUAGCUUGUUUUGGCUGUCCUGUUCCUUUGUUUUCAACAUUCUGCCUCAGGACAUCGUACCAAUGAAAGGUGGGAGCAGGACCUCCUCGAGUCUACCUCUCUGUGCCUAGGGAGAUAUACAUUUCUGGAGGACCCCAAAAGAAGGCCUACAGUUCCAGCCGGCUUCACAGGCAGGGCCUGAGGACCAUUACAUAUUCCUACAUCAGAUGAAGCCUUGAGUUCCCCAGAAACACUUGCUACCAGGGACACUGGACUUCUGGAACAAAGCGCCCAGUGUCUGGCUAUUGCAACUUUGUGCCGAACCUCGUAUUAAUCAUUUCUCAGGUCCAGUGGUAAUUGUUGCAGAAUUGUAUGCUCUUGGGCCACAGCCAGGAUCCCACAACAUUACCUAUGGGCAUUAUCUACAACCUAUUAUAACUCGGAGGUCCUGAGAGAACUUAUUUCUGGACUUAUUCCUGUCCUGUGAACAGGGCUGGUGUAACCCUUCCGAAGAUGCUGGACCAAGACCUGCUGCAGUGUAGGGUACCAUUAAGCAGUGUUGGCCCAGACAGGGUUUGGACCCAGCAACUGGAACCAGAUAAUCAGGGAUGUGGUUUCAAAUUGUUCCAAGGAGCUAUAAGGAAAAGGACUUACCUUAGAUCAUGUCUUCAGUAUUCAGGUCAAACUACUACCUGAAUGCAUUGCCCAUUUGCAGGGUUUCCCAGAAAACAUUCAGUGAGAUUAUAAUAAAACCCUAAAAUGCCUCAGGUAUUUGGGAAGGAAAAUUAUUCCCCAAAUAUUCAUCCAUAGCAAACCAUUCAUACAUGGCUGUUAAGAAUCACUAAACCUCAGGCUAGAGCAUGAUCUAGGAAUAUCCCCCAGACAGGAAAGUUCUGAUACAACAGUACCCCUUAUGUGCCCACCAACAAAACCUUUUACUGCUGCUAUGAAUUUUGCCUUGGCCUGCACCUUGCUGCCCAGGCCUCAUGAGCUAAUAUAGACUCACAGAUCCACCCAUCCUCAUGCCAUGUGCUCUUGUCCUUAGCUUUUCUCAGACACCCCUCAGUUUAUCCUUGACCAUUGCUCUUGCUCCUCUGUUUGCCUGGUGCUUUGUUUUCUGGUUCUGGACCAUACCUCCCUGUGGUAGCUGCUUUUGGCCACUUUGAAUUGCCCUUUUGGUCAUGGUUUUCUGCUCACCUUGUAACUCCUCUCUCCUCUGAUUUUUUGGUCCUCCUUCCAGCUGCCCACUUCACCCCAUAAUCUUGAAUAAGGAAACUGCACCAGCCCCAGCCCCACAUUGCCUUCCUAUCCUCAAGAUGCAAGGUUUGUAGCUGUUAUCCUGCCACCAAGUCAAAGGAAAGGACCACUUGGACUACAUUAUAGGCUCUUGGGAUCUGGCCAUGAACUCUUGUUCCUGCUCUAUUUCCACCACUUUCUUCCUCAACUUCACAAGUGCUCAACACUUCUUGAAAGAGAAUAUGGUUCCAAGUCUUUCAUUCAGCUGGCUGGAGCAGUUUUAAAAAAAUGCAUUUCAUCUCUGGCAAGUCACAGCAGAAUGUCAUAAACAGCUGGAAACUCUCUGAGUCACUGGCCCUCAGAAUCUUGCCACAUUAGGAGAAAGCCAAGGCCACAUGGGGCGCCACAUACAGAUGUUUCUGCUGAUAAUCCCACUGAAGAUUCCAGGCAAUAGCUAACAUAGCUCGUCAUAUGAAUACAUAAGCCCUCAGAUGUUUCCAGAUCUUAGCCUUCAAGCUGCCUCAGCUGAUACCCAAAGGAGUAGAGAUGAGCUGUCCCCACUAAGCUCUACCCAAAUUGGAGAUUCACGAGCAAAAUAAAUUGUUUAAGCAAUG